GCAUCACAAAGCAACAAACACAAGACGCAUAUCAUAUCAAAUAUCUAAUCUAGGGUUUCUCUCUUCCCUUCUCUCACGUCUCUGCUUCCGAUAACCGAAACCUCUUCUCUUCUCCCUCUCUCGGAACCCAUGGAAUCACCCGGCAACGACCAUGUAGUUGGUGGCGGAGAAUCCAACGACGUCGCCAGAACCUAUUCUCACAGAGAAGACCACGACCAGCACCACAACUCUCAACCUCUCACCGGCGACGGUGCCAGUCCCGGAAAGAUUUUUAUAGGUGGUUUAGCGAGAGAAACGACCAUUGCCCAAUUUAUCAAGCACUUUGGUAAAUAUGGUGAGAUUACAGAUUCUGUUAUCAUGAAGGACAGGAAAACUGCUCAGCCUCGUGGGUUCGGGUUUAUUACGUAUGCGGAUCCCUCUGUGGUUGAUAAAGUCAUCGAGGACACUCAUAUCAUCAAUGGCAAGCAAGUUGAAAUUAAGCGGACGAUACCAAGGGGAGCAGUUGGUUCUAAGGAUUUUAAGACAAAGAAAAUAUUUGUAGGUGGUAUUCCUUCAAAUGUGACUGAAGAUGAAUUUAGAGACUUCUUCACACGCUAUGGAGAAGUCAAAGACAACCAAAUAAUGCGUGACCACUCCACCAAUCGAUCUCGUGGCUUUGGGUUUAUCACCUUUGACUCGGAGGAUGCUGUUGAUGAUCUUCUAUCUAUGGGGAACAAGAUUGACUUUGCUGGAACUCAGGUGGAAAUCAAGAAGGCUGAACCAAAGAAGCCAAACCCACCUACUCCAUCAUCCAAGCGCUAUAAUGACUCAAGGUCUUCGUACAGUAGUGGAUAUGGAGAAGCUUAUGAUGGCUUUGGUGGGAGCUAUGGUGCUGCAGGUGGUUACAGAUCUAGUGCUGCCUAUGCUGGCAGGAGUGGUGCUUAUGGUGGGUAUGGAAGCGAGUUUGGUGGGUAUGGAGGAUAUGCUGGAGCAAUGGGGCCCUACAGAGGAGAUCCUUCCCUUGGGUUUGCUGGUCGUUAUGGUGGAAGCUUUAGCAGAGGCUAUGAUCUUGGUGGGUAUGGUGGAGCUAGUGAGAGUUAUGGGGCAUACGGUGCUGGUGCUGCUGCUGGUGGGGGUUCUUCUGCCGCUGGUGCCUAUCAAGGUGGCUAUGAUGCCAGCCUAGCGGGUGGAUAUGGAGGGGCUAGUGGAGGCUCCUUCUAUGGGAGUAGAGGUGGAUAUGGUGCUGGUCGAUAUCAUCCUUAUGGAAGAUAGAAGCUUAUAACCUAGCAUUUUUAGUCUAGGACUGAUAUGUCUAGCAUCAAAACAAGUUUUUAGUUUGUGGUUCUUCAUUUAGAUUACAUAUUUUCAUUUUUUAAAAAGCUGUCAAGGAUUUAUCAGCAUACUUAUUUCUUGUUAACUGUUGAAGUUGAAGCAAAUUUUCCUUCUGAAGUCUGGUUUGUGAUUGAUGUAAGAGCUGCAAAUUUUGCAGUUUGUUGUAUUUUCAAUCUUGUCAAUUAUACUUGUGGUGAUGUUUCUUA